AUGAUCUCGGAGGGUGGACAUUACGUAGACGGAUCAUGGUUACUUUCUAUUCGAAUAGACUCCUUGAGUGUGGAUCGGCAGAUGCGAGUAAAAGGAGAUUGGUCAAUUGGACGAGUGCUAGUUGGCCUCACUGAAAAUCUCUCACAUCCACCAAAACUCAACUCAGAGACAACUGAUAUCCCUCUUUGUCCGGGCCUUGGACACGCGGGUUGGUCGGAAUUCGCACUCUGGUGGCCGGCGAAAAAUCGAUGGAUAUUGCAGACGCACGCUAGUCUGGAUCAAUACGGAUUACAAGCCGACGCUAGGCUUCAUUUCAUCCGAACCCAUGGCCGACUAAAAAUUCAGCUUCCUGAUCUACAGACUAGAGUGUUUUGUGACGUUAACUUCACUGAGCCAGUAUUUCGCGUGGUGAUUCACAUCUGCAAGCAUCUCGGAAUAAAACACCCCGAAGAGCUUUCUCUUCAGCAUACUGACUCAGGUCGUUUUCUUAACAGUAUUCAUGACAAAACACACCUUUGGAAUGAACAAUGGAGUACACUUCCUGCCUCCGCAAGACGUUCUUUCAAAAAACUUGCCUUUAGUCCACCCCCGAAACAUGAUACACUACAGAAAAGGCCUGCUAGUUGUGUUCUCGCAUCAAUCGACCAUACAGAUAAACAGCCGCGCAACGGCGGCGCAACUCAAACGAUUCAACGCAGGCCACAAAUCUACGGUCCCCCUCGAGUCCGUAACCGCCCGCUAAGUGGCACUGCGGUUCCUGCUUCUGCCAGGCCUGAUUCUCUCUACUUUUCUCAGACCCUCUACGGGACGGUGUUUAGUAAACAGGAGAUUUGUGACGACCCGAGCCUGCUCUCUAGCCCUCACGUCUCCCUCUCAGAUGCACUGAGUUCAGGAGGCGUUGUACGACAACGCAGUUUCUUAAGUCGUGCCCGAUUUUCGAACUUGUGGCUUGAACUUGGGCGUUCACUGAUGGAGCAGGGUCUCCAUCCGUCACCAAUUAAUUUGGACGACUGCGAGGUCUUAGACGCAACUGAUGGCAAGGAAAACGGUGUUAAUGGGGAUAAAAAGGAAGUGCAGACCGAACUUCCCACGCUUCGAUUGCGGUUUAAGUACAACGUAUUUUACGGUUUGACGAGAAAGAAUAAUUCGGUGCGUAUAAACCAGUUAUACGAACAGGCUCGAUGGUCGAUAGUUUCGGAGGCUACUGAAUGCACCAAUGACGAGGCGGCCUUGUUUGCAGCAUUACAACUACAGGUAAUUGGUCUUUAA